CGACCAAUGGGAUACAAUCUAUUCUACUCAAAAGUUUUGGAUAAGCGCAUUUUUCUCUUGCUCUACUCCGUCUGUCCCAGCCAGAGCAUGUGGAGUACGAUAAGAGCCCAGAUACUCCGUAAUAGGGGGUUCUCAAAUAGAAGGUUCCAUUCCUCGGAUCCUGCCCUUGACAAGAGGGACACACACGCAUGCAUAUCCACCGGGGGCGAGCGACGCGGGUCCCUCGAUCCGUUCCGUUGUGGCUACUCCGUGAGUCCAGAGUCCGUACAGAGAGCACAUACGGAGUACAGAAUAUUGACAGCACCGUCAAGAGAUCGACAUAUGUAGUAUGGAGUAGUGUAAAUGUCACUCCGUGUACUCCGUACUCCGUACGAGCACUCCGUAGUUCGGAGGUACUCCGUACUCCGUCCGUACUUGUAGACUCGUAUGCAACUUACUGACGGUAUGUAGUAGACUGUAGUGUCACACGUCCAAAAAGCAACCGACAGCGUCUGCGACACAGCCCAAUGCACGUCCACGCUGCAAGCACAUAUAUUGACGGAUCUCCCCAGUAUGUCAGACCAUUAUUGUUCGUCCACUCGAGUGACUAACCCUUGCCAGGGUCCACAGAGUUAACAGGCUCGACGUUUGUUCCGAGGGGAUCUGGUUCUAUCACCAUUCGUUAGUCUUCAGAUCCUAGUCAGAACUCGUACUCUUCCAGGGCACGGCAAAUAGAUAAACCUGUCUGUCAUUGUAUUUCACCAGCAAUGGAUGUAAAGAAGUGAACCGGAAACUACUCCGUAGGCAGAAGACGAAGUGUCAUGACAGAUAAUAAUAAUU